AUAACCGGACAUGAACCUUUGCGAUAAGGAAAAGUUGGUAGUUGCAUUCUUUUUUUAAACAAUUGUACAAUCUUUAAACAAUCAACAACAAUACAUUCAAAUCGUUUAAAAUCAAUUUAUUGUUAAUUCAAUUGUUUAAAACGAUAAUUAUCAAUUUAAUCGUUUUUUCCAUGUUGAAUUUAUCUUAGUUACAGUGUUGAAAUUUUACCAAUUUUGAGGUCUACCUUCCCCAGAGAUGAGGUUCUUUAAAAAGCUCUGGUGAAAAAAAAAAAAAAAUAAGAAUUUAGCCGGAUCGUUUUUUUAAAAUCAUGUUGAGGAUUUUCCGCCCUUUGGCAUUGUCGAGGAGGUUCCUCGAGACACACUUCGGAUAUGAGACUGUGCCGGAGGAUGAGAAAGGGCGCCGGGUGAACGAGGUUUUUGCACGCGUCGCUGAUAAGUAUGACAUGAUGAAUGAUGCCAUGUCGUUUGGAGUUCACAGGCUUUGGAAGGACUGCUUCGUCGAACGGCUGGGCCCAACUUGUGGGACUAAGCUCCUCGACGUCGCCGGUGGUACUGGAGACAUCGCAUUCAGGUUCUUGCAGUAUUUGAAAAACCAGAGCGAGACAGGCCAUGCGACCGUUUUGGAUGCAAAUGAGGAGAUGCUGCGUGUUGGUGAAGGACGGGCUGAACGACUCGGCCUGUCCAAAGAUUUAACUUGGACAUACGGUGACGCCGAAAAGCUCCCAUUUCCAGAUAGCUCAUUCGACGCUUACACAAUUGCCUUUGGCAUACGCAACGUCACACACAUCGAUGCUGCACUUAGAGAGGCGUAUCGCGUCCUCAGGCCAGGUGGCCGUUUCCUCUGCCUAGAGUUCAGCAGGGUCACGAACCCAAUCCUGAGCCGAAUCUACGACUCCUACUCAUUCCAGAUGAUACCGGCUAUGGGUCAGGUGAUCGCCGGCGACUGGAAGUCUUACCAGUACCUUGUUGAGAGUAUAAGGCAGUUCCCGGAUCAGGAACGGUUCAAAGCAAUGAUACGCGAUGCCGGCUUCUAUGAUGCUAAGUAUGAAAACAUGACGUUCGGUGUUGUCGCUAUACAUUCAGGUUUCAAGUUGUAAAUAAAACAUUUUUUUUAAUUAUUAAAAAAAAAAUCAUAAUUGUU